UGUCGUUUCCCCUACUAGUCGGAUGCCCAUCCCUUUGUCUGCGAAGUCCAGGCAGUCGCCGGGUACUACUGACAAAGCAGCAAAACAGCAAAAACUGCAGGACGCUCAGAGGCAGUUCCGACAGGCUAACGGAAGUGCUAAAAGAGUGGGAGGGGAUCAUAAAACUACUUCCCCUGCUAUACCCAUCUCUAAAAUCCCUGCUUUUUAUCCUAGCUCUACUAAAGGCAGCUGCCAGUCUGCACAAAACUCAGAUGCAACUAAUCCCAUUAACCCUUCCUCUGCCUCUUCCUCCUCCUCUUCGUUGACAAAGUCCUCCAUCCUGUCCUCUCACACUCCUCGUUCCGGUUCCCUUCCCUCCUCCCACAUUCCCUCUCUGUCUAAUGGAUCCCUCAAACUCCCCACACCCUCACAGCACACAGGUAAAACUCUCUCGUUUCCCUCACAGAAUGGUCGAGUGCACUCCUCCUCUUCAUUCUCCUCCUCCUCCUCAUCCUCCUCCUCCUCCUCCCCCUCCCCUCUGUCGCCCACACCUUUGGGCCCAGGUGGAAAGAGCAUCCGCACCAUACACACCCCCAGCUUCAACAGCUACAGGUCCCACAACGGCAGCAGCGGCAAAUCCUGCAUCCCAACAGCCACAGCAGCUAAGGACACUACCUAGCUCCAUUAUCGCCCCCCUGGCUUUAAUGCACUGCAGGUAGACCUGGUCAUGUUUCAUUAUAUAUUGUUUUGGUUUGUUGGUUUUUUGAUGUUUCCAAAAGUUUUUGGAAGUAUUAAGUGAAGCACUCCCCAAUUCAUGUUUUAUUUGACACUGGCAUUCUCACACCAAUGCUUCUAUCUCCUUUAAGUUGCAUUUUCCAGUUUUGAAAAAUAUUUACUUGGAUUCUGAUUCUUUGGUGUAGCAGAUGUUCUGACAAAAUAUUUUGUAAUGGAACAAAAAAAUAUUGAGUUUUACCACUUUGUAGUUGAAGUGGAAGGCUCUUGUGAUGUUGAAAAUCUAUUUUUCUUGCUCUAGCUAUGAAUAGGGAAUUAUAGAGUUGAUGUACAAUCACAACAUACCAUGUUAAAAAUGUCUUUUAUUUUUCAAACCAGAAAUUGAAUAACCAUAGUAUAUUUAAUCUUCUAUAUUUCUUAGGUUGCCAGACAUUGAACACAGCUCUUGUAAAUGCCUUUUAUGAAUGUAUACACAAUGUAUACAGACAUUUUAAAGUUGAACUCAUUAACUUCUGUUUUCUAAGAGUAUUUUCUCAUUUUUCACCCAUAUAAACUGCCAAUUUCUUUUAGAGAUAUGUGAAACUGGUAUCAAAAUUAAAACAAGUUUUGAUUUUAGUCUGCAUAUUUGCCAAAGUUAUUGUACAAUGACUCACUUCAGGCCUAACCCAGUUACAAGAUUUAGGGGAAUUUACAUGUGUUGGCUGAAGUAUUGACCUCCAGUGUUUGUACCGCUGGUCUUGGUUUGUUAAGUUAACAUGUAUUGUUGUCUAAUUGUAAACUGUACUAAAAACAAAGUUAUGAAUCAGUUCUACCACAUGUAUAUAGAAGCUUCUACUAAGAAAAUAAGUAGUUUUUUUUAACAUACCAAAGUUUAUUUGUAUGCAUGCCUUUCAAAUACUUUAGGAGAGUGGUGUAAAAGAAGAAUUAUGUUUGCACAGAUAGAUUUUUGUAAAUAUCUGGUUUUCUCUUGUUUUUGUAAAGCUUUAAAUCAUACUGUAAAGGAGCAAUGUGGUAAAGACAAACUGUGUUGGAGUAGUAAAAAUAAAGACUUGCAUGCUUGUAAUGCAUUGAGCUUCAAUAUUUUAA